GUAAACCUCCAGUUUCAUCAGAAGGAGGAAGCUGCAGAAAGUUGUGUGUCAACGUUAAACAUACACACUUUAUCUGACGCGGAUUGAUCCCACCAGAGCUUCUGACACAGAUCAAAUGGAGGAAAAACCGUUCCCACCGACUAAUGCUUCCAUCUUUGAGUUAUCCCUCUGCCCCACCGCUGCAACGCUUUUCUUCCUCCCCACCACCUACACCUUGCUCUUCCUCACCGCUCUCCCAGGUAAUGCGCUGUCCUUGUGGGUGUUCCUGCGGCGCAUACCCACCGCCUCCCCCACCCACAUUUAUCUGACCCACCUGAGCAUCUCCAACCUGCUGCUGUCCCUCACCGCUCCUUUCCUCGUGGCCUACUACGCCCGCGGUUCAGCCUGGACACGGAAUGCCGUCCAGUGCCAGAUAGUCUUGCAUGGUAUAACCCCGGUGCUCCACAUUAACAUCUACAUAAGCCUCAUGAUUCUCACGUGCGUGGCGCUCAGCCGCUUUGCAGCCCUCAUCCAGAACACCCACGCCUCCAGGCCUAGCACCUGCACCAUGCUGCUGCCAAACGCCUUCUUCAGCCGCCUUACAAGGGUCUCCUUCGCCCACUCCACAUGUAUCGUGGUGUGGAUAGUGUCAGUCGGCGCCAUUGUGCCAGUAACAGUUUACUACUCGGUAAAAGAGGCUAUGGGGAGCAACUCGGAGGAAACACAGGAGGGUGGAUGUAUGGAGAUGUGCUACAGCCCUGCUGUGGAAAUAGGAGGCAGUUUUUCAGCAACUCUCACUGUGCCCGUCAUAACCCUAUUCUUUAUAUUUUACCUGAUGGUGCUGAUGUCCUACAUGACAGUGCUGAGGCAUAUCAAACGCUCACGUCGCAACAACAGUAUCACCAACUCCCACAGCCUGCUGAGCAGGGUGCUCCGAAACAUCGUGGUCAUCCAGAUUGUUCUUUCUGUCUGUCUGCUGCCGUACCAUAUCUUCAAACCCAUCUUCAUUUCUCUGGCCCAUGAUGAAGAGCUGACCCACUCCCUUAGCCCGCAAAUCUGCACACAUUGUCAUCCACUCUCACACUUAAUCGAGCUGAAGAACUGCCUGUUUCUCCUCACUGCUUUAAGAGGCUCCACUGACCCAGUCAUGUACUUUGUGUUAGACCGGACCUUCCGCACUCAAACCCUCAAACUCUUCAGGUGCAACAAGAAAAACGAUGGAAAAAGACAUAUGUUCUGGUCAAUCACAGGAAGUAAUAUUCAGAAGGUUGAACAUCUGGGGGAGACUCAUGUGGCUACUGCAACCAUGGAUUUAAGUCACUGAAGUGCUUACACCUUACACAAUUUAUUGUUUUGAAAGAAGAAGUUGUGGUACGGUUAAUAUAAAUGUCAUCAACACAACAAUCUAAGUUAAAUGAAGUCACCAGUUUUAUAUGACUUCAACCACAGUGUAAGAAAGUGAAUGCCUGUAAGCUACGCUAUGUAUAUGUAUGUUAAAAUAUACUCUUUUAAGUAUGCCAAUGAGUAAAUACAGUUAUUCUUUGCUUGCUAUGUGUUAUAUUGUAUCAAUUUAAUAAAUCAAUCAGUCGAUCAGA